AUGAUUGCUGUUAUGAUGGUUUCUUGUGCAAGCGGAUUCUAUAUGUUGAUAGCUGCCACGCGAAAAGCCACCAUAGAAAAUUUAGAAAUUAUAAUGGAGUUCAAUGAUACGUCGGAUGUAACAGUGACAAAUUCAACAAGUACAUCGGAGCUCGAAAAAUACACGAAAGGCGCACUUGAUGGAACAAAAUUCAUGACACAGCAGACAAGCCCGUCUGGCAAGGCAUUAGAAACGUCAAGUAAAACGGCUUACCCUACGAUAUCUGAAGGUUCUGUGAGUGAGCAACAUUCAACAAAUGUUUCGACCGAAGAUGGUGUAUCGCCAGAACUUCUAUCAUUGCUAGAGAAUUCAAGCAACGUGCUCACGAUUGGAUCGAGCAGAUUUCCGAAUGUACCGACCAAAACAAACGAUACCACAGACGAAGGCUAUCAGGCUGAAGGAUAA